CAUCCCAAUUAACCAGUAUUAUCUGUUUCUACUUGCAAAUCGCCACGGAUGAGAAAAUGAGGGAGCUUAUGGAGGUUGAAGAUGCGGGCCAUGCUAAUAUAGCAGGGGCUGUGGAAAACACUAGAAAAGGAAGGCAGGCUACCGGAACUCUAUCAAAGGAAAAGAAGAUAGACUUGAAGGAGCGGACGUUGAGUGCAAUUCAACUCUCACUUUUUGACGAAGUCUUGGGGGAGGUUGCAGAAGAAAAUUCAGCUUCUGCAUUAUGGUCGAAGCUGGAAGCCCUUUACUUAACCAAAUCAGUCACUAACCGAUUGUAUCUGAAGAAACGGUUGUUCACCCUCAGUAUGAAUGAAGGUGGUUCCAUCAAAGACCAUCUUGAUGAGUUCAACAAGCUCAUUUUAGACUUGAAGAAUAUCGAUGUGAAGAUAGAAGAUGAAGACCAGGCAAUUAUUGUUUUGUGCUCAUUGCCUGACUCUUAUGAUAACUUUGUUGAAACUCAUCUUCAUAGUAGAGAUCAACUCUCUAUGGAAGAUGUUAAGGUGGCCCUGAAUUCAAAAGAAUUGAAGAAGAAGAGAGCCAAGCAUGCUCGAUGUUACGAGUGCAAUGAGACGGGACAUUUCAAGAAAAAUUGUCCCAAGCUCAAGGAGAAGAAAGCUGAAAAAUCCGGUGAUGCCAACAUUGCCAGUUGCAGUGAUAAUUUAGAUGAUGAAGAUUGUGUUCUAUCUAUCUCUACAAACUCCUCCGGUGAGGAAUGGAUUUUAGAUUCGGGUUGUUCAUUCCAUGUAUGCCAACGACGUGACUGGUUUGAAACAUAUAAACCAGCCACUGGCACGGUGGUUCUUGGUGAUGAUACAGCGUUGCCUAUUGUUGGAAUUGGCAACAUCCGUAUCAAGAUGUAUGGUGGGAUGGUCAAAACAUUCGAGGUUCGUCAUGUGCCAGGUUUGAAGAAAAAUCUCAUUUCCAUGAUUGAGCUAGACUCCAAGGGCUGCCGAUACUCCUGUGAAGGUGGAGUUCUCAAAGUCUCUAAAGGAGCUCUCGUAAUAUUGAAAGGGAAGAAAGUUGGUGGUCUUUAUCACGUACAAGGAAGCACAAUCAAUGGCAUAUGUGCUGUGUCAACUUCAAGCAGUCUAGAUAAAGAUGUAACUCGAUUAUGGCAUAUGCGACUUGGGCAUAUGAGUGAAAGAGGGAUGAUGGAGCUGAGCAAGCGGGGUCUUCUGUGUGGCCAGAAAAUUGGCAAGCUAGACUUAUGUGAGCACUAUGUUUAUGGCAAGCAGUGUGGAGUUGUGUAUAUGUUGACUUUCAUCGAUGAUUAUUCAAGAAAGGUGUGGGUAUACACCUUAAAGAGUAAGAGUGACGUGUUCCUCACCUUUAAGCAGUGGAAGACGCUGAUUGAGAAGCAGACUGGAAAACAAAUCAAGCAUCUAAGAACAUAUAAUGGUCUUGAGUAUUGCAGUGGUGAGUUUGAUACUUUUUGCAAGAAUAAUGAAAUUGUGCGACAUCGCACUGUCAGGAUGACACCACAGCAAAAUGGUGUUGCAGAAAGGAUGAAUCGUACACUCUUGGAGAGGGCACGGUGUAUGCUCUCAAAUGCUGGAUUAUCAAAGGACUUUUGGGCAGAAGCUAUCAAUCAUGCUAGUUAUCUUGUAAAUCGGUCUCCAUCCACAACAAUUAGAUUAAAGACUCCAGAAGAAUUAUGGUCAGGUUCUCCUGCUGAUUAUUCACAGUUGAGGAUAUUUGGUUGUCCUGUGUAUGCUCAUGUUAGGGAUGAUAAACUUGAGCCAAGGGCAGUGAAAGAUGUAACCUUUGAUGAGUCUGCUAUGCUCCAAAAAGCAAAAAAGGAGUCUAUAAUUGCAAAGCCAGACCAUGGAGUUAGCAAGCAGGUGGACUUUAAAGCAACAACUCCAGAAAAGGUAGUGCGGGACGACAGUAUUGUCCAAGAGAAUCUAGAUGAGGUGCAAGAUCCAGAGCUAACAGAUACUCCAAUGGAGGUGGAGGCGCUUGAACAAACACAACAACAGUAUAAUAUUGCUAUUGGUAGACAGAGGAGGGAGACCAAACCACCUAAGAGAUAUGGCUAUACAGAUUAUGUUGCCUAUGCUCUAUCAGUUACAGAACCAGAGAUUGAGUCUCUACAUAAGAACCAGACAUGGAAGCUUGUGAAGCCACCAAAGGGACGAAGAAUUGUUGGAUGCAAAUCGGUCUUUAGGAGAAAAGAAGGAAUCCCGGGGGUAGAGACACCCAGAUUCAAGGCUAGAUUGGUUGCGAAGGGUUUCACACAACGGGAGGGUAUUGAUUUCCAUGAGGUAUUCUCUCCUGUGGUGAAACACAAUUCUAUCCGUGUUUUACUUGCCAUGGUUACUUUAUAUGAUCUUGAGUUGGAGCAGCUUGAUGUAAAGACUGCUUUCUUGCAUGUUGAGUUGGAGGAAUGGAUUUAUAUGUCUCAACUAGAAGGGUUCAUAGUUUCAGGAAAAGAAGAUCAUGUUUGUUUGCUCCAGAAAUCCUUAUAUGGAUUGAAACAGUCACCUCGGCAGUGGUACAAACGAUUUGACAACUUCAUGGUUAAGAGUAGAUUCACUCGGAGCAACUAUGAUAGUUGUGUCUAUCAUAAAAAGCUUGGAGAUGGUUCUUGGGUUUACUUGUUGUUGUAUGUUGAUGACAUGCUUAUUGCUGCCAAAAGCAUGUUAAUCAUUGAUGAUUUGAAGAAGCAGCUUAAUGGUGAGUUUGAGAUGAAAGACUUGGGUGCAGCUAAGAAGAUCUUAGGAAUGGAGAUUCACAGGGACUGUAAGGGAGGUAAAUUGUUUCUCUCUCAAAAGAAGUACACUGAAAAAGUACUUGAGCGGUUUGGCUUACAUGAAGCUAAGGUUGUGACUACUCCUUUGGGAGCACAUUUUAAGCUUUCAUCAAAUUUGUCACCAGAAACGGAGGAGGAGAAGAAGUUUAUGGCGCGUGUUCCUUAUGCGAGUGCUGUUGGGAGCUUAAUGUAUGCUAUGGAAGUUGUGAAAUGGAUCCUCUGGUAUUUACGAGGCACAACAAAUGUUGGACUAGUCUAUGAUCGGAGUGCUAAUCCGAGUGGAAAUGUAGUCGGAUUUGUCGACUCUGAUUUUGUCAGUGAUUUGGACAAAAGGAGAUCAACUACAGGAUAUGUCUUUACUCUCUCAGGGUGUGCCAUUAGUUGGAAAGCUACAUUGCAAUCAACAGUCACCUUGUCAACAACUGAGGCAGAGUACAUGGCAAUUAUUGAGGCAGUAAAGGAAGCAUUAUGGCUAAAGGGUUUGGUUAGUGAUCUCGGGGUAGAACAAAAUGAGAUGGUGUUUUGUGAUAGUCAAAGUGCCAUUCACUUGACGAAGAACACCAUGUACCACGAGAGAACCAAACAUAUACAAGUUCGGUAUCACUUCGUUCGGGAAGUUAUAUCCAAUGGAGAUGUGCUCGUUGAAAAGAUAUCAACUGAUGAGAAUCCUGCGGAUAUGAUGACAAAGCCGCCCAAUUUUGUUGACAAAUUGGAAGUCUCAUGGCAGCUUUUGAAAUGGAAAUUUGGUUGCUGCAACUUUGUCCAUGCAACAUUUAUUGUGCAUGGUUGGAUUAUGACUUUGGAGCCCAUUGCAUUCAUUGUGGGUGGUUGGCAUUUGGCUAUAAAAGGCCAUUUGGCCAUUCUGCAAUUCACACCAAGAAGAGCAAUCCAAAGCAAAGUGAGCUCUAGAAAAUACAAGAGUUUUGUGAGUGCUUUGGGUGAGGGUGAGCAAGAGCAGAGGGGUUAAAAUUACUUUGCUGAGUGUUUUUUGAGUGUGUCUCGCAUUCAAAAAUACUGUGAGUAAAAUUUGGAUGUAAUU